AGAUUUCGCCUUCGCUCAGAUUUGAUGUUCUAAAGAGUGCUUUUGAUUUCCUCGGGAGUUGCAGGAGUUGUUCUGGUUUUGACUCCGCAAGAUUUGAAGCGAAAAUCCGUUUCUGGUGAUGGCUACUCAGGACCAAAUUGAAGAUGCCAUUUCGCCCAAUGCUCAUAAAUCUGGUGUAUGCUGUUCCAAUGGCAGCUCCCAAUCUGAGACAUUAAACCAGUUGCAGAAGUUAUACACAUUUAAUCAUGACCAUACACCCAAGGCUAGGAAACCCUACACUAGAACCAAACAGCGGGAGAAAUGGACUGAGGAAGAGCAUCAGAAGUUUCUUGAAGCUUUAAGAUUGUAUGGUCGCGGUUGGCGCCAAAUAGAAGAACAUAUAGGCACCAAAUCAGCAGUUCAAAUUCGAAGCCAUGCUCAAAAGUUUUUCUCUAAGGUUGUCCGAGAUUCAAACGGUGGCUUUGAGGGUUCCAUUAAACCGAUUGAGAUACCACCUCCUCGUCCUAAAAGAAAGCCGGUACAUCCAUAUCCCCGGAAAUCUGUCAAUUUGGUCAAAGGAAAAUCACCAUCAACUCAACCAGAGAGAUCGCCAACCCCCAACCAAUUUUUCAGAGAACAAGAGAACAAAUCACCCACGUCAGUUUUGUCCGAUGUGAUGGGGUCUUCUGCCUUGGAGCAACAAAAGGGAUGUUCCUCCCCAACUUCUUGUACUACGAAUCUGCAGUCAAUCAAUACAUCCCCUAUUGGAAAGGAAACUGACCAUGCAACCUCUAACUUAUCUACCGAGGAAGAGAAAGCUUAUUUGUCGUCUGUGAAAGUUUUUGGUCAUUCAGCUGUGGAAAACAUUUUCUCCAUGAACAGGAAUGCAGAUUUGAAGGACUUUGCAUGUGCUAAAGCAGACGAUGCAGCACCAGUUGCUCCGUCCGCUACUAUUAAGCUUUUCGGGAAAACAGUUAAGGUAAAAGUUCCCCUAAACCGUCGACAUGCUUAGACACAAGCUUGUUACUAGGUACAGUUAUCGAUAACUGGAGUGCUGUAUCUUCCAGAGCUAAUAUAUCUCCUUACAUGGAAAUCCGGCCAGAUAAAAACGACUCUGUAAAAUCUACCGAUGAUGUCCCCCUUCCGUCUUGGGCUUUUUACCAAGGUCUAUCCAUGGGUUACAUUACUUCAUUUAAUCAAACUCACACAGAUUCUGGUGUUGACAGAUCCUGUAGUGGCUCAAAUACUGGUUCAGUUAGUGAACCAGUAAAUAGGAAGGAUUCGAAUUCCGUCGAUUCCAAAAGCCAACAUCGUCGUCCCUCACCCCAAAAAUGUAGCAAGGGGUUUGUGCCAUAUAAAAGAUGUUUAGCAGAAAGAGACAUCAUGUUCUCAUCCGUUGUGUCUGAAGAACAGGAGAGGCAACUGUUUUAACUGUUUUUGUAUAUCGGGGCCCUUCAGGUGGCUCAUCGGAAGCAGACGUGACGCUGGCAGCUUAUCACUGUGGUUCGAUACGGCUAUGUUUUUCGAGUUGGAACAGCCCACCGUCUGUGUUCGGAGUUGAAACUGUGUUUUUUUUGGUCACUUGAGGCCUCAUAAAUGUUGAAACCAUAUUUGUAUAUGCAUGUUCUUGGAGCUAACUUGUUUCACC